AUGAAUAGAACUCAAAGUUGUCGAAUGGUGCAAAGUAACAAAUUAUUAGAACUAUUGAAAAAAAAGAAGAAAGCUGAGUCAUAAAAUCCAAGUUUGAGUCCAAGAUAGUAAUUAUCUCCUGCAAGAUUAGUAAAACUAAAAUCUCCAAAACAAAUUGAUGUUUAGAAAUGUAAUAACCAAAGUGUUAUACUAAUUUAGUUGUAACAGCUGCUGUAAAACUAAAAGGUGUUUCUUAUAUGAGAACCUUAAAUAGUGAUAGAGACAAUUAUGAACUUAUAAUAGCGCUAAUAACAUAGGAAAAACAGUAAAUAAUGUUAUAAAAUAGAUAUAUUGUUCCAAUAGGAUUGGAUCAAAGUACAACAGAUCUUUAUUAGAAGUUAAUAACUAAGAUGAGUUUUCAUGAUCCUUAAAAUUAUGAAAAGAUUGCAUAUUUUUAAAGCUAUACAUAAAAUUACAAUGUGGAUUAUUACUUGUCAUUAGAUGAUAAACCUUUAUAAGUGUUUAGCAAUGGGAGAACUUUAAAAUUGGUUCCAAUUUAUUAUAAUGAAAUUCAAAGUAAUUCUUUUGAUGAUUAUAUAUUGAUAAAAUGUAUUGGUGUGGGGUAGAGAUUUAAAAUUUUGUAGUGGUUUUUCGAGAGUGUAUAUGGUAAAGUCAAAAAAGAAUGGACAAUUCUAUGCGAUGAAAAUAAUAGAUAAAAUGUUUAUAACAAACAACAAUAAAGAGAAUAUGAUAAACAAUGAAAAAUUG